CUGCUUUGUUUCUACACAGACAGACAGACAGACAUGUGUUUUGCGCUGACAGAUCACAUCUAAGAUGAAAAUAGAAGUGGAUAAGAUCAUCACUGAAUAUGGAACAAACCCUGACAAUCAACGACAUUGGAAGCUUCUGGAUAAUGUACAGCGCUAUGGGCACUGCUGUGGUAUGCAGAGUCCUAAUGACUGGCAGAGCAACAUGUUCAUUAAGAACAACAGUCUGAUAGAGGUGUAUCCCUGUUCCUGUUUCAACACCACGGACUGUCCUGCCAUCUCAGGAUUCAGCACACUGCUGUUUGGAAAUGGAAGUGAAACACAGAUCCAUCCACAGAGAUGUGUAGACAUAAUCACCAACUGGCUGAAGGAGAACACUUUGACAAUAGUGGGAAUGGAAGUGGGCCUGCUAAUCAGUCAGGUCCUCCAGUUUAUAGUGGCUGUGUAUCUGUACCAGACUGUUGGUCAGAAAGUCAAGCUGAGAAAUGUUAGUCAACUGAUUCUCUCUGAGGACCAUUGUGAACCAAACCCUGACUACCUUGAUGACCCUGACUACUCUGACCAAAACCACGCCUAUCCUAAACCAAACCAGGCCUACGCACAUACAAACCUUGCCUACCCUGAAGAAAUCCUUGCCUACCCUGAAGAAAUCCUUGCCUACCCUGAUGACCGACACCCGGCCUACUCCGGACCAAACCAUUCCUACCACCGCUAACCAGGACCAGAGUGUUGCUGUAUGACUGAAGACACUUUGGGUGCUAACAUUGAAUUGCUCAGUGGAGGCUGGUGAGAGGAGAUAUAGGAGGAUAGGCUCAUUGUAAUGGCUGGAAUGGAAUGAUUGGAAUGGAGUCAAACGUGCUUUCCAUGUGUUUGAUACCAUUCCAUCAAUUCCAUUCCAGCCAUUACAAUGAGCCCGUCCUCCUGUAGCUCCCCCCACCAGCCGCCACUGGAAUUGCUCAAAUUCUAAAAGCUCGGUUCAGUGCUUUCAACCACACAGGCCUUCUACUAAAGAGGGUUUUCUGCUGAACAAUGAGAAUAAUCUUAGUUCAUUAGUUUCCUUUGUUUUUUACUGUUUAUGGCUUAAUGACCCGAUCAGCCCUGACUGGUCAGCCUCACCUUGUGUGAAUAGUUGUGUACGGUACUGGUCAGCCUGAACAGUUACUUGGAAAGAAAGGUACCACAAUUUUGAAACUGCAAGCCGACUCCUCCAUUGACUAAUGCAAACAACUUUUGAACCCCUUUUUAUUCCACAAGACUGUUGUUAUGUCUGCAGACGAACAGCGUGAAGAGCGCUGCCUUGAGGUGUUUCACUGAGUCUCACAGUGCUGUCAUUGACUGAUGCUUGACAUUGGUGAUAAGUGAUUGACUGUCUGUAAAUUAUGCAUUAAAAUCUUCAAAAUGGGA